UCUCUCUCUCUCUCUCUCUCUGGGGUUCAUGUAAAUGGCUGCGCUCAACGCCAUCAUCUCCAGACGAUCCUCCAUGGCCUCCGCGCUGUCCAAGCUGCCCGCCGCCCUCCUCCGCUGCAUGAGCAACGUCCCCGAGAACAGCGUCUACGGCGGGCCCAGCUCCCAGUCGCCGGCGCGGCGCGUGACCCUCACCAGCCUCCGGCAGAAGCACCGCCGGGGCGAGCCCAUCACCGUCGUCACCGCCUACGACUACCCCUCCGCCGUCCACCUCGACAUGGCCGGCGUCGACGUCUGCCUCGUCGGCGACUCCGCCGCCAUGGUGGUCCACGGCCACGACACCACCCUCCCCAUCUCCCUCGACGAGAUGCUCGUCCACUGCCGCGCCGUCGCCCGCGGCGCCAAGAGGCCCAUGCUCGUCGGGGACUUGCCUUUCGGAAGCUACGAGUCGAGCUCGAAUCAGGCUGUUGAUACGGCGGUUCGGGUGCUGAAGGAAGGAGGAAUGGAUGCGAUUAAGUUGGAAGGAGGAUCGCCAUCGAGAAUUACUGCUGCGAAGUCGAUAGUGGAAGCUGGAAUUGCGGUAAUGGGGCAUGUGGGGCUAACCCCUCAGGCAAUUAGUGUUCUUGGUGGAUUUAGGCCUCAGGGGAAGAAUAUCUCUAGUGCCGUCAAGGUUGUGGAGACUGCAUUAGCUUUGCAGGAAGCGGGGUGCUAUUCUGUUGUUUUGGAAUGUGUACCAGCACCAGUGGCUGCAGCAGCUACUUCAGCUCUUAAAAUUCCUACUAUUGGAAUUGGAGCCGGACCAUUUUGCAGUGGUCAGGUUCUAGUAUACCAUGAUCUGCUUGGAAUGCUCCAACACCCUCAUCAUGCCAAGGUCACGCCAAAAUUCUGUAAACAGUAUGCCCAAGUUGGGGAUGUUAUCAACAAAGCUCUUCUCGAAUACAAGGAAGAAGUGACAAGUGGCUCGUUUCCUGGUCCUGCCCAUAGCCCCUAUGAAAUUAGUCCUGCUGAUGUUAAUGGAUUCCUUAAAGAGUUACAGAAUAUGGGGUUGGAGAAGGCAGCAUCAGCAGCUGCUGCUGUAGUUGAAAGGAGUCAUGAAUCUAAAUCUAACGAUGGAGAGAAUGCCACAAAAUAAAUGAAUGGUGCCCGCACCUAGGAGUUCAAAAAUAGUAGUUCCCGCAUCAGCAGUCAUUAGAAGUGAAGAAAUAACCCACAUCUUCUCAGAAUAGUUCAUUUUUCUGUUGUUCUUUCCUUUUCUUUUUUAAUUCCGUUUGGAAUGCCAUCUGGUGAAUAAUUACUCCACCAUUCUGGCCCAAAAGAAGACUCCAGUGACUACUACAUUGUGAUAAGGACUUCUGUUGUUGCUGGGAAGGUGAUUGCUCCGGCCAUAACCCAAAGCACAGUCCGACGAGGUGGGAUAGCCUAGGAACCAGCUGUUGGAUGAGCCUCCUACGUCCAAAACAGUACAUUCCUAAUUUGCAUUCAAGGAAGUAUAGUUUUUGGCGGGUUGUGAGAAUGUCUGCCUAUGUCUACUUUCUUCGUUUCUAUACGUAAACCCUUAAGGCUUGGGCAGGCCAAUUUGACGGGCCGGUCUGUCACCAGGCUUCAUGUGGCUGCUGAGCCCAGUUCAGUGGCCUUGGACCAGCUAUGUCAACCUUGAGGCAAAUUGUGGAAGAAUCUUAUCUACAAGCCAGUUGAUUCUUCAGGUUUCAUGGAAGUGACUGAAUAUAGGAAGUGACCCUUUGGGCGGUGACUAAAGGACCUUUGGUUUUGCUUCCUGGUUGUCGUUCUUUGGUAUAUUGAAAUGGUGGGCUAGAUUGAUGUUCAUCGUGUUUGGUGCCAGUUCAACCUUGUAACUGGAUAAAGGAAGGAAGUGACCAUUUUGUUCUCACUCUCUUGUAAUAAACAAUUAGAUUUUCUCUGGGAGAUCAUGUUUAUUGCCA